ACUGUUAACUGUAAUAUUGGAUGUAAAUAAAAUAAUGGUUCGUUACAGACGUUUAAGUUCGGUUUCGCAUCACAAAUAUUUUUUUGCUUUUUUAAAUAAAUUACGCCUCCAUGUUUUAUUUUAUUGAUUAUGUAAGCUGGUUUUAAAUGUGUUAAUUCUUAUUUUGCUAUUUCAUUGACGUUUCUUGGUCGGAAUAAUUAGAAUUAUCAAGAAAGUUCUAGAAAUUUAAUACUGUAUAAAUUAGACAUGUGCUAUGGCAAGUUCGUCUAAUGUAUCCAUUGAAGAAAGUGAUGGAGAUACUACCCAUAGUAGUAUUCACCCCAAUCAGAAUGGAUUUAGUUCUUCUGAGCCAGGGGAGCAAGAACUAGCUAUUGAUCGCUUUGGUUUCAUUGGCAGUAAAGGCUCUAAUUUUGGAGUUGCAAUUCCUGUUGAUAUUUUAAGACAACGAGAGUUAAAAUGGCUAGAGAUGUUAGAGAACUGGGAUCUUUUUAUGACUAAAAAGUAUAAGAAAGUAAGGGAACGGUGUCGAAAAGGAAUCCCUCCUGCGUUGCGAGCGAGAGCUUGGCAAUACCUGUCUGGAGCAAAGUUUUUGUUAAACCAUUAUAGACAUAAAUUUACAGAACUUGACGGAUCUGAAGGUGACCCUAGGUGUGUUGAAGACAUUAAAAAAGAUCUUCAUCGUCAGUUUCCAUCUCAUGAAAUUUUUGUUAACUCUCAGGGUCAUGGGCAAGCUGAUCUGUAUCGAAUAUUGAAAGCAUACUCAUUAUUUAAUCCAUUGGUGGGUUAUUGUCAAGCUCAGGCACCUAUUGCGGCUGCAUUAUUAAUGCAUAUGCCUGCAGAACACGCAUUUUGGUGUUUAGUAGCGAUAUGUGAUAAAUACUUACCUGGUUAUUACAGUCCAGGCUUAGAAGCCAUUCAGAUUGAUGGGGAUAUUUUAUUUGGUUUGCUUAAAAAAGUUGCCCCUUCAAUUCAUAAGCAUUUAAAAAAGCAAAGAAUAGAGCCUAUUCUUUAUAUGACAGAAUGGUUUAUGUGUGCCUUUUCAAGAACAUUACCAUGGUCAACUGUAUUAAGAGUUUGGGACAUGUUUCUUUGUGAAGGAAUCAAAGUAUUAUUCAAAGUUGCUCUUGUCAUUUUAAGAAGUGUGUUCAGCAAAUCUGAAACAUUAAAAAAUUGCCCAUCAAUGUAUGAGACGCUUGAAUGCUUGAGGCAUAUUCCACCAGAAUAUCUACAAGAAGAUUAUCUCAUCGACCAGGUUUUGAAAUUGAACAUUAGUGAGCAUGAUAUGGAAAAAGAACAUCAGAAACAAGUUGCAAAAAGAAGGGCUCUUAAAGAACAACAGAUGGUACAAGACCGUAUAAAUGGUGUAAAGAAAAAAGUCAACUAAAACUAUUUCAGGCAUAGACUAUAUACCGUUUCCACUUAAGCCCAUGUAAAUACCAAUUCUUGCUUUAAGCAUAAUGAUGCAAAUGCAUUUGUUUCUUAUUCUUAAUGGCAAGUGUAUAUUUGUAUUGCACAUUUUAGGUGCCUCUAGCUAUUUUCUAUGUCUAUUUAUUUUAAAGUUUGUUUUGGAUAUUUGCAAUUCAUUUAAUAUUUUAUAAAUUAAAGUUGUUAUCUGUAGGCGUGAAUAUAUUUUUAUUAGCUAUUAAUCUAGUCCCAAGUAGAAAACAACAUGCUAUUUUUUAAAUUUUCGUUGAUAUUUUAUCUUUAAAACUGCUGUGUACUUUGAGGUACUUUUUUUUAGCUAAAACAAUUUUAUGUCAUGUGAUAUAAUAAACAGGGAAUAUAUUUCACUUGUUUGUCCCACUGAAUUUUCUUUUUAAAUUGUUAUUUUUAUUUGAUGAAAGAAUUUAUUUGUUUAAUGAAAUAAUCUGUUUGUUUAUCUGUUAAACCAAGUAAUCUUGAAAAAAAAAUAUAUUAAAUUUACUUAUAUAAUACAAAAAAUGGUUUUAAAAGCCUUUGCUCUUCAAGAAUACUAUAAAAUAUGCUGAUUUGAUUAGAAAGGCAUACUUGUUAUAUAUUGAGCAAUUAAGUAUGUUUAAUUUCUAAAAUUAUUUAAUUAAUCGAAAAAUAUUAAAAUUUGUAUUUUUAAGGAAUUUUUAAAAGUAUUUAUAGUUUAAGGAAUUUUUAAAGUUAUGUUUUUAAAAAGGCUUAAUUCAUAACUUAUUCUGUUCUAACUGAAGACAUCUUUCUUAAACCAAAUGUUAUAAUUAGUUUUUAUUUCUUCUUAUAAAGUAUAAAUUUAUUUUAAAUUGUAGUAUAAAUUUUAUAUAAUUUUGUAUAAAAUGUUGUAAUUAAACUAAAAACUAGAUAAAUUUUAUAAAUCUUAUUAACUAAAAUUAUUUCUUACAAAUUUACCUCAUAUUUACUUCAAUAGAUGUUCCAAAAAAAUUAACUUUUUCUUGAAAAUAUUAAUGUGGUAUUUCUGUAAAUAAAAUUUAAGUAUGUAAUGCUUGCUCAUCAAGUUUUUAAAAUUUGAUAUAGUUUAAAUAAUUCUCUUUUUUGCUUUUGUUAAAAAAAUUUAUUAUUAUUUAUUUAUUUAAUUUUUUUAGAAACAGAGAGGUGAUUUCACUAAAUAAAUUUCACAAAUUAAGCAUUCGUUUUCUUCAUUUUGUUUGUUUACUUUUGUAUUUUUUUUUUUGUUCUGAAACAUACACAGACCAUAUCUUGAUGACCAAUUAUCUCAGGUAGUGUAUGUGUCAUUUUUCAAGUAAUGUAUGUGUUUUACUAGUAAUUUUCUUUUUUAAUAUCUCCAUUUUUUCAUUACUUUUAUAAUAAUUACAAAUUGAUGAAAAAGAUUAAAAAAACAAGUGUUAUUAUUCUUCAUGUUAUUGCUUUAAGGGCGUAUAUUAAAGUAUUAUUUUUACAUCAUCAUGUGGGCUUUUGAUUGCAUCUCACUCAUUUUCAUUAUUAAAAAUUUUUUUUAUCACCUCAAUUGAAAUCCACAUUUUUUUUCCUUUCUUUUUAGUUUUAGAAUCUCUGUUUUUUUUAUUAUUGAAAUAUGUUUUUAAUUUUUUUUUCUUUAGAAAUGGUAUUGAGAAUAUUCAAUCAUGAUAUUCUACAAGUUUUUAUUUGUAUUAUUACAAGUAUUAGUAUUACUUUCUUAAAACAUCUCUUCUAUGUUUUGGUACAUUGCUAAAUAAAACAUUUGUGUUCGUGUUUUUAUCCAGUGUUUUAUUAUUAUAUUUUUCUCUAAUUUAUUGACAGAUUGAUUGGCAGCUCAUACUGUAGAUUUAGACUAUAAAAUGCUUUCAUUUACCUGUGAAUGAUUAUUUGCUCUAAGGUUCCCUGUUAUGCAGUAUAAGUGCCUAGAUAUAUUUUGUGAAAUGGUGUUAAAAUAUUUAGUAUAGCAAUAAGUGUAUUUUUGAUAAGCUUGAUGAUUCCAUCUUGUAGUUAUAAAUGAUUUAUUUUAUAAAAUAGAGUUUUCAGUCAGUUUUGGGGUUGCAUUUCGAUUUUUGGAAAUAUAAAUAAAUAUAUAUUUUAAUUUAUAAUAUAUUUUACUGAAAAUUUACUGACUGUUGAUCAAUUCCCGCUCAAAAAUUAUUUAACACAUGUUAAUGUUUGUUUUAUAAAAAUUCCUAGUUAUUAAACGAGUUUAUGUACUCCAUCUGGUUAAAACUAUAUAUAUAUAUAUAUGUAUAUUCAUUGUAAAAAAAUGACUUUUUUUAAAUUAAAAUUAUUAUUUAUGUUUCAAGGUUUUGACAAACUUUUCUGUAAUUUUAUUUAAAGAAUUUUUGGAAAAGUUAAAUAGUUACUCAAGUUGAUAUCUCAAAAUUUACCCUAUAAAACAUCAAAAAUUAAGUUGAAUUGCUUGCAAAUAAAUAUAGCAGUUAUAAAAACAUGCUUUUUAAAAUUUUUGAAUCACUAGAAAAGCCAUAAAAUCAUCAAAUGUUGCAUUUUACUAAAUAUAUAAAUUCUAUUCUUUAAAAGAUUAUAUAUAUAUAAAUAUAAUCAUCAAAAAAUAUAGAUUUUAUAAAAUAAAAUAAAAAAAAGAUGGCUAAAUAUUUAAAAAAAAAGUUUUUUUUUCUGUUUAUAAUAUUAGUGUCCUUUUAAAUAUUAAUUAUUUAAAACUAAAGGAGAAGUUGCGAAAUGGUUCUCCUUUAGAUAAUUUGUUUUAACAACAUAACAUAAAAUUUUAUAGUUAUUAAAACAGGAACAUUAACUUAGUCAUUAACUGCUGAUCUGCCGAGUAGUGUAACAAUUUUUUGAAAGAAAACUUUUUUUCUUCCUUGUCAGACAUAUUGCUGAUUCAUGUGUACAGUGAGUGGUAACAACUUUUAAAAAAAAAUAUUAUAUUUUCUAUGUGGAGCUUCAGUUACACCAGGUUUGCUUUUUUUUGUAAAGAAGUAGUUACAGUGUUAGUAUUUCUAAGCUCACUGUCUUAACCUGAUUGGCACAUUGUGAGUUAAGCAAUUUUAUUUUGCAUAGGAAAUUUGAUAACAUAAAAUAAAUUUUCCUGUAAGCUGUGAGUAUAGUAUUUGUAUUUUAUAAGUUUGUCAUAGAAGAAAAAUUAUAAACAAUUUAAAAAUAAAAUCAUUAAAUUAAAGCAUAGUGUUUUUAGUAUGUUUAAAAUAUUCCUGUUCAUUUAUUCUGUUGGCUUACUGCAAGAGUUACGAAUAUCAGAUAUUUGCUAACUAAAUUUUAAAAUUCUUUUGUAUUUGUUAUUUUUGUAUUCAUGACUUUCCUGAUAAAAAUCUAUGAAAGUUUUAGCUGUGGUAAAACAUAUGUUUUACAAUUGAUAAAUCUCAACUUUUGUUUUUGAUGAAUUUUAUUAAAAAUAACGUUUGACGUUGAAGAGCAUUUUUUAAUAAAAUUUUCCAUCAGCAGUUAUUGUAAUAAAUCAAAUUAUUGCAUAUAAUGAUGCGAGAAUGUUACAUUUUUUUCCUAUUCUCAGUAUUGUUUUUAGUAUGUAUGCAGUGUAUGUACAAAUUUACACUGGCUUGUUAAUUAGUUGUUAGUGAGUUGGCUUUCUUUAAAAAUAUAAUCUCCCGGUUAAUGCAUACUACUCUGUGAAUUAAGUGGAUGCUUAAGUAUCCUAUGAAGUAUUAUGAGUGCUGUUCCUUAUUUUGUUGAAUUGUUAUGACUGUACAUAUCAAACAAAUAAAACUUGCCAUCCUUA